AAGAAGGUCGUAAUAAAAAAUCUGGCAACAGUGUUUUUAAUAAUUGUUUACAUUUUUUUUUGGUUAAGUGCAGUAUUUCUGCCUGUUAAUAUUAAUUAUUUUUAUAAAGAUGAGUAUAAUAUACGAAAAUGAAAUUGGUUUUUAUAUUUCACACGAAUUAUAUAUAAACAAAGUAUGUGAAAACGUGUGUACUUCAUGUGGUAAUACUUACAUGCUAAACUCGAAUUUAUUCAACAUUAACACGCCAUAUAAAAAUAGUUCCAAAUUGCAAAAACGAAUAAAAUUAAAGGAAGAAAGGAAAGAAUUUGAGGAUCUCGUAAUAGAACAAGAAGAUGUUAAACAGAAAUAUGUGAGUUUUUUACCGCAUAUAAAAGAAUAUUUAAAAGAGAGUUCCGGCGAUAACAAAAUGGCUCUCGAAACAGCUGAUUAUAUCAACAAGACUUUCGAAAACUUCAGAGUUGUAGAUGUUCGAGGAAAAAAUAGUGGAUCUGCUGUUAUUAAAGAAAUAAAUAGUUCAAAAUAUUUGUUUCCAGUAAAUACAGAAUUCUAUUGUAAAGAUAUUUGUGAAAUAAAUAUUUAUUUGAAAGAUAGAAAGUUUGAUGUAAUUCUGUUGGAUCCUCCGUGGUGGAAUAAAUACAUUAGAAGAAAAAGAAAAAAAUCAACAGAUAGUUACAAAAUGAUUUAUAACGAUGAUUUAAAACAACUACCAAUAGAAAACUUAUUAUCCGAUGACGGUUUACUAGUAGUAUGGUGCACCAAUUCCAAACAAAAUUCAAACGCGCUCUUAACCGAUUUAUUUCCACACUGGAACGUCGAAUUCGUUUCCAAAUGGUACUGGUUGAAAAUAACAAAAACCGGCGAACCAAUAUGUAACUUUUCUCACCCCCCCGGUAAACAACCAUACGAAAAAAUCAUAUUCGCCAAAAGAAAAACAAAUAAAACAAAUUUUCCCGUAGACGGUAAGAUAUUGGUGAGUAUACCGAGUGUUUUACAUUCGCAUAAACCGCCUUUAAUGGAAAUUUUGGAAAAAUAUUUAUCGAAAGAUUCCGAACGUUUGGAAAUAUUUGCCAGAUAUCUUCUUCCGGGUUGGACAAGUUAUGGUAACGAAGUGCUGAAAUUACAAAACGAGUGUCUUUUCAAAUGUAAUUGUAUGGAAUAAAACGUUUAUUUAUAUAUAUAAAAAAAAAUUAAUAAUAAAUAUCAAAAAUCGA